AUGAAGAAAAGAACGAAAAUUGUGAGAGCGAGGAGGAGGUUUGUUAAGUGUCCAAUAUGCGAACUGGUGACAGCCUACCUGCCCACUCACUUCGCUAACAAGCACGGCAUACCCCGGAGUUCCAAAGAGAGCGAAAGGUACAUGCUGUUGGCCAGGGCCUACGAAGGCGACGAGGAACUAAAGUACAUAAAAUCGACAAAACCAUCGAAGGAGACAGCCUCUCCAAGUAGUUUUAUGCGUUUGUUCAACUGUAACUUACGAAGCGACACCGAGUCUGAUGACGAAAGCUAUCACCCUUCUGCUGAUGAAGAAGAAGAAAGCAGUGGAAGUGACGACAGCAAAGUCAUUCCUCCUUCUCCGGAAUGUCAUAGAGAACAGCAACGCCGAAUUGCCCAAGCCGCGGCAGAGAACAGAGCAGCAAGUGAGAGUGAAAGUAGCGAAGUAGGUGGUACAAUUCAGGUGUUCAAAAAGGUUGCUGGAAGCAAGGGUUGUGAGAGUAAAGGGUCAAAGCAGGGUAAAGCUGAAACGGAAGUCGGAGAUGGAGGCGAUGCCAACAGUCCCAAAAGGGAUGAUGGGGAUGAUGAGGAAGACCAUGUUGGAGGUGACAGUGAAGAUGAUGGAGGUAAAGGUGGUGAAGAUGGUGGUUGUGAAGGCGAUGAGGAUGAGGAUGAAGAUGAAGAUGAAGUGAAAAAGUCCUUCAGCAAUGUCUUAAAGAUGAAGAACCCAUCAGCUCCCCGCCAUAUCUGGCUUAUACGCUUUCAUGAAUACCUUCAGUCACUAGCAGGAAAAGCUUUGACAAAGGUGCAGGCAGACCAGCACGCAAGUCAGAUAUACCUGAUGUUGCAGUCCAUAGAUCCUACAGGGACAGAAAUAGCCUGCAUUACGGACAGCCAAGGAAAAGCAGUUUGGGAAUGGGCCAAGCGGUUAUUAGAUGAGAAGAAAAAAAGGCCAGGCACUAUCAUUUCUUAUUUGACGUCUCUUGAAAAGUUCUACAAAUUUAUCAUACGCUGCCAGGACGAGGAAGAACCCCUUCUGCAAGUAACGCCAGCUUUGUUAAAGUCAGUCAAGACUGCGUACAACGACUUGGCAGCCUGGCGUGCUGUGAUCCGAAAGCAUUACAAAGGUGAUGAAUGGAGAAGACAGCUGGCGGAGAUGAAGUCUCGCCUUCGGCCGGAAGAUGUCAGAGACAUCAAUGAAACAAAGCCAGCCAAAAAAGCAGAUGCCCUCCUAAAGAAGGCCCCUUACACAAAGGUUACCAUCCACCAAUGUUGUUUAGUUAGAGACUUUCUGAUAGCUAGCCUCGAAUUUCAGAAUGGACAGCGUCCUGGUCCAUUCGAAACCAUCUUGUUGGAGGACUUCCAGGAUGCCGAAAUUGAUCAGGAUUCUGGAACAAGAACAAUUUGCGCCCCCCAACACAAAACAUCGACUGCCAGGCCAGCCCCAAUCUCCAUGUCCAAAUCACUCAGCAAAAAGAUGGAAACUUAUAUCAAACACGUCCGCACCAUUUUCCCUGGCUCUUCUCCGUUUUUGUUCAUCACCAAUAAGGGAAACCCAUUCCCCAAGGGCAAGAUCGGUCGA